CUAAACAGGGCUGAUGAAGCCGGGCCCCGGGCCCCCUUCCGGACCCCCAGGCUCCAGUAAUUUGUACACCCCUCCCCCCCUCUCGGCCCUGGGAUUUUUAUACAUUUCCAGCAGCCUUUUGGCCUGAGAAAACAAUAGGCUUAACUCUCCUCCCAAACAUCCUGGCAAUUAGCACAGGGUUAUUUAUCCAUUAAACACUUCAGAUACAAAAAGAACAGGAGUACUUGUGGCUACAAGUACUCCUGUUCUUUUUGUGGAUACAGACUAACAUGGUUGCUACUCUGAGUUCAGAUACAGGUUACCACAACCUUCAAAGAGACAUAUAGACAAUAAUACUAUUUGCCUCAAGUAUCUUCCUAAAUAUUACAGUACUACUACUUUUUUGAUCUGUGAAUCAGAGCUAUAGGAAUAGACAAGACUUGUUUGCUGACAUUAUAAGACCUGAGCAAACAUCUACCCUUCUAUCUCUAACAAUGCAGGCCGCAUUUCAAAGCUCUGUGUAUUUACAUAUCUUCCUAACUAGUCUUUAUAAAAUUUAGCCAUGGGUCAGGUCAGUCUGUGAGUUAAUUAACUCUUUCUGGCCCUAUGUCACUUUUCAGUGAGAUAUUCUAUUACACUCAUAACGUCACAGGAGUGCACGGUGCUGUACGUCUCUCACUGUGUUCUCCCCUCCAGGUCUGUGUGUCACCAAUACGCUGGGGGUGGUGGGAGGAUAAUGGGGGCCAGGAGGUUGCUCGGGAGUGCACAGUGCAGUAUGUCUCACUGUGUUCUCCCCCCAGAUCUGUUCGUCACCAAUGUGUUGGAGGAGGCGGUGGGCUCCGUGCUGCCCCUGGCCCUGGACCCUUCCGGCUCCCUGCUGCUCCAGGCCCUGCUGCCCGAGGCCUCGUCCGCCCAGCUGGCCAAGCUCCUGCGCCCCCUGCUGCCCGCCCUGUGCCAGGCUGCCUGCCACCACUGUGGUGCCCAUGUUCUGGAGGCUGCCCUGCUCCGGGCUCCCCGGUUGCUGGGAGAGGAGGAUGCUGGGACACUGGAGGAGCUGGUGCUGCAGCUGGGGCGGGCCAUGAGGGAGGAGCUGAGGGCCUUCGCCUGGGACCCCCACGCCAGUUUCGUGGGCCCCCUGCUCCACGCAAGAAACGGGCUGAAGCCAAGAGCGAGGGGCCGGUGGAGUUUGAAGUCCCAGACUCGUUCCUGGCCCUCCUGCGCGAGUUCAUUGCUGCUUUCCAGGAGAACAUCGCAGAGUUCAUCACCCACAGAGUCGCCAGCCUCUGCCUGCAGGUGGCACUGGAGGUUUUGCACAGGAAACUGCCUGAGGCCUGCGCUGAGCUGUGCCGCUCUGUGAUUGGCUACCUGAGCUCGCGGAACCCCGCAGCUGGAUGCAGCCCCCUGCUGGUGUUCCUGAAGGACGCUGUCUGCAGCCGAGUGCUGGACAAGGUGCUGGAGGUGUCGGAGCCGCGGGCGCUGCGGCUGCUCUACCGGCAGCACUUCCGGGGCCAGCUGCGGGCGCUGGCCGGCCACGGGGUGGCCAACUUCACCCUCCAGCGCCUCCUCGGGGCCGCGCCCCCCAAGCUGCUGGGGAAGGUGCUGGCGGAGCUGGGCCCUGGGCUGGAGGAGGUGCUGGCCCAGGGGCACGCGGGGGUGGCCACGGCGCUGCUGGGAGCCUGCCGGCGGUGCGGGGCCGGCCAGAAGGAGGCGCUGCAGCUGCUCAUGGAGGCCUUCCACUGCUGGGAGCCCCCUGCCCGGCGGGCAGCCUGCGCCCCCCUCUUCGCCUCCCUGCUGCCCUAUGAGGUGUACUACGCCCCGGGGAAGGGCCAGGAGGCACAGCCCCCCCUGGAAGAGCAGCCUGAUUCCCCACCUGCUCUGGCCUCGAUUUCCCUCCAUGGCUCCCUGCUGCUCCAGCACCUGCUGCACUUCGCCGACCCCUCCCCUGUGCUGCGAAGUCUGGCCGCUCUUCCACCGCACGACCUGGUCACCCUGGCCUGCAGCCCGGCCGGCAGCCACGUCUACGACGCCCUCCUGGCCAGCCCCUCUGUACCCCGCAAGCCCAGGCGCAAGGUGCUGUGCGGGCUCCAGGGUCAUUACGUGUCUCUGGCUUGCAACAAACAUGGGAGCAGAGUCCUGGACGCCAUCUGGAGCCGGGCCACACUGCCGGCCAAGAGACAAAUUGCCCAGGAACUGGCUGAGCAGGAGCAGCAACUGCGUAAUGACCCCUUUGGGCACCACGUGGUGCGGAACUUCGCUCUGACCCAUUUCCUGAAGCGCCGGCGAGACUGGGACCGGCACCAAGAGGCGGAGACCAAACGCAGGGAGCUGUUCGCUGAGAUUCUGGAGGACUGAAUGCUGGGAGGCAGGGAUGGGAUUGCUAGUCCCUUCGGGCACCAGGAGAGACUCUCCUUCCAACCAUAGAGAUCCUGGAGGACUGAAUGCCAGAGUGGGUGCUGCCCACAUCUGCUUCCACCCAUAGAGAUUGUGGAAGACUGAAUAUUAGAGUGGGUGCUGUGGAGUUUUUAUGCCCCUCUUGGCUCCUGACCAUAGAGGACUGAAUACCAGGAGUGCUGUGUUGGGGGUCUUAUGCUCUCAUCUGCUUCUGACCAGAGAGCCUGGAGGACUGAAUACCAGAGCGGAUAAUGUAGGUGUCUUUAUGUCCCUGUUGACUCCUAACCAUAGAAAGCUUGGAGGACUGAAUGCCAGAGCGGGUGCUGCUGGCAUCUGCUUUGACCCAUAGAGAUUGUGGAAGAAUGAGCAGCAGUGCCCACAUCUGCUUCUAACCAUAGAGAUCCUGGAGGACUGAAUGCCAGAGUGGGUGCUGUGGAGUUUUUAUGUCCCUGUUGGCAUCGAGAUCCUGGAGGACUGACUACGGGUGGUGUCUAUGUUGGGGUCCUUACCCCUCCCCACUAUCUGUUCUGAACCAUAGAGAUCCUGGAGGACUGAAUGCCAGAGUGGGUGCUGUGGAGUUUUUAUGUCCCUGUUGGCAUCGAGAUCCUGGAGGACUGACUACGGGUGGUGUCUAUGUUGGGGUCCUUACCCCUCCCCACUAUCUGUUCUGAACCAUAGAGAUCCUGGAGGACUGAAUGCCAGAGUGGGUGCUGUGGAGUUUUUAUGUCCCUGUUGGCAUCGAGAUCCUGGAGGACUGACUACGGGUGGUGUCUAUGUUGGGGUCCUUACCCCUACCCACUAUCUGUUCUGAACCAUAGAGAUCCUGGAGGACACCCCCACUAGGGGCCGCUCUGGACUUCCUUUUUCCCUCUUGUCUGCUCCCAACUGCACAGAGGCGGUUACAAUCCUGAUUUUCUAUAAAGGUUUCUAUUUCCCUA